CUACUCUGGGAAACAUUGAAGAGACCAGAGUUAGAGGAUCUUAGGGAUCUAAAAAAAAAUAAAAAGCCAAAGUCAGGUGCGAGUCCAUUAGGAAUAUUUAAAAACCAAGAAUCACAAUGUCAAAGUGAUUUUGAAAAUAAUAUGGGAGCCAAUGAGGAGCCUUUAAAACUUCACAUUUGACUUUAAAACAUUGCUGUAUUUUGAAACAUCGCUAGUUUGUUUAAAGAUUCCUUUGGGAGGCCCAAGAACAGGGCAUUACAUUAUUCAAGUCUGCUAGAAAUAAAAGCAUGAAUAAAUCAUUUGAGGUCUUUCUUAGACAGGAAAGGUUUUACGUGGGCAAUGUUUCUGAGAUUAGAAAAUAAAUUCACUGUGGCUCGGCCUGACUGAUCUCAGCAGCUGUAGAUAAUGUGCACAGUCACAGUAGUUAGUUUGCUUUGCACCUCAUGUUUGACAAGGGAGGACCUGUACGGCUUGCUUCUAGCAAUAUCUCGAAGCCCUGAGAAACUUGACCUAAAUUGUCAUUAAAUUCAUUCUAGUUUCUAGAAAGUGAAAGUGAGUGUUUCUAAUGCUGUUUUAGACACGUAGUGAUAUGAAGGAAUAAAUGAAUUCAGCACAUUUGACAUUUUGAGGUCAUGUGUUCAAGACCAGAUGCAUACACACCAGUGCAUAAAGCCAGUACCUAGUAUAAACGUCUUUAAACAAAAGAACAAUGUUGUUAGUAGGCCUGCAAGAUCGGUCUGCAGAGGAGACUGUGAGAUCCAGUUCAGGAGAACAUCUACAGGUCAAAACACUUUGUCUGUAAGGGCUAGUAAAAGUGGGAACAGUCUUCGUGCUGGGGUUAGAGAAUGUUCUACCUUCUCUACUUUUAAAAAACAGCAAAUGGUUGAUCGCUAAUCAAAUCUGUGAUCAUGUAUGAAAUCUUUUUAAUUGUUUAUUUUUCCAAAUGUUCUGUCUGUUGUGGUGUUAACUGCUGUUCAUGCAUCUUUUUAGAUUGUAUUAUGAUUCAUAUGAAACAAUAUAUUUAUUAUUUUACUAAUAACGAGGACUACAGAUGGAAACUAGCUGCUAAAUCUGGCAUAUUUACACAAAGUCAUUGUGCUGUAUGUGUUCAUUAAUAUGCACUGUCCUCUUCUACAUAAAUGAAAUUUAAAAAAACAAACAAAUUGCCCCUGCACUGCCCACCCACAUCCAUCUGCCUCUGUACAGAAAUGUCUAAGUGGCUGGAUGAUGGCGAAGUGCUGGUGGGUCAAGGCAGCGGUCAGGCAGUACCAGUGAGCCCCAGAGUGCGGAGCCUUCCUCCUGGGAGCCCCAGGCCCGGCCGGGGGCGCAGUCCGCUGGCUUCACCCCGCAGCAAGGAGGCAGUGCCAUUAAGCCCACCAAAAGAGACCAUGGGGAAGGCCAAGGAGCUGUUUGUGCUGUGUGACAAAGAGGGGAAAGGGUUCAUCACAAAACGGGACAUGCAAAGUCUACAGGGGGAGUUGCCGCUCUCCCCUGAACAGCUGGAGACUGUGUUUGAUAGUCUGGACCGAGAGAGCAAUGGAUUCCUUACUCCUGCUGAGUUCAAAGCUGGGCUUGGUGAGUUACUGGGACUGGAGGAGACGACUGAGCUGAGUCAAGAUGAAGCAGAUGAGGAUGUGGACGAGACAGACUGGUCUCAGGACUCCACUGCAGUCACAUUUGUCAACAUAUUAAUGGAGCUCAGUGCUGACAAACUUUUCAAAGAUCAGCAGGAGCUCCGUUCUCUGUGGUGUGACCUCCAGAGAGACAGACCAGAGCUGCUGAGUGUCCUGGAGGGCGUCUUGGUCCAAGCAGUGUCUCAUUUACAGGACGCCAUCAGAGAAAGAGACAGUAUGGAACAAGCUCUGCGCAGACGAGAGAGUGAACACGAUCAGGUUGUACGCUCCAUAUACGAAGAAAUGGAAACUCAGAUCAAAGAGGAGAGAGAGAAGCACGUGGCUCAGGACAGUAUUAAACAGAAGCAGAGAGGGCAAAAAGUUGAGGAGGAGCUGAGGAUGCGGGAACAAGAGUUGGAGAACACACUGAGCAAACAGAAAGAGCUCGAGACUAGAAUCCAACAGCUGAGCAGCGAGCAAGGAAACGUCAAGGAGCAGAAUGAGCAACUGCGGAGACUCAACAUCCAGUUACAUGAGCAGGUGGAGAGCAGCAGAGAGCAGCUGCAGGUCGCUCUGAGAAAACUCAACAUGAUGCAAAACAGCGCUGCCCAGGAACAGGUGGCCAGACAGAGAAAUGUCAUAAAGGUCUCAAGAAACAUGAAGAAAGAAAAGGAGAGUCUCUUGAGACAACUGGAGAUACUGAGGGACAUGAACCAAAGGCUGCGAGAUGAGAAAGAUGCUCAACAGUCUCAGAAGAGGGUUAGUCACAGACACUCUGUCCUUCCUAAUCUGCCAUUAACUCAUUACCUCAGACAAGAUCUUUGUACCCCGAGGACACAGCACGGUUACCCACCCUAAGCUAAGUCUUGGAAUAGCUUCAUCCUCUGGACAAUGAUUAUUUAUAUGGGCAGCUGUUAUUGUUUGGUUAUUGAUUAAUGUCAUGGACAAGCUAUUAGCAAAGUUGCAAUGUUGUUUUUCUGUGAAUGUGGUCAGUGAAGUGAACGAUUUUGUCGAAUAGACAUUUAUUCUGUCUUGUGUCAACUUGAAGGAAAGGUGUUAUAUUGUAUAUAUGUUUGUUAGUCAUAUUGUACAUCUUAUGCUAUUUAUGCAGGCAAACUAAAGUGGGUUCAGUCUAAUAAACCCUUUAUCAAAGUUCUCAAACGACUGCUAAUUUAGCAUUUCUCCGCCACAUUCUCCACGUUCUUUGUUAACGUAAAGCAUUUUUGCCAAAGUUGUUUACUAUCGGUAUCUUUUUGGACUCUAACUUCUUGCUGGAUUUCAGAACAAUGAAUCUGACAGAAAAUGCAAAAUAUUGAUUCAAGAAACUGUUUUGACCACAACACCAUAAACGCCUGUUGGUUACAUCCUGUUUUUUCCUUGUCAUAUAAUUUAUAAAAGGAAGUGUAAUGUUGACAAAUGACGAUGAUGUUAAACUACUUUGCAGCAGAAUAAAUGUCAAA